GCACUCCGACCCCAACGCUCCCGCCGGCGGCAGGAAGAGGGAAGUCCCGGUGGGCCGAUGACGACGUGAAGCCAGUCAUCCAGCUACCCGAUUUCAUGAAGGACUUCACUGCUGAUCUCGAUCCCGAGGUACAGAGCUUGAACGCAAGACUUCUUGAAAUUAGCCGUCUUUUGCAAUCUGGAUUGCCCUUGGAUGAUCGCCCUGAAGGUGCUCGAUCCCCGUCCCCUGAACCGAUUUAUGAUAAUAUGGGUAUCAGGAUCAAUACUAGAGAGUUCCGAGCCCGCGAGAGGCUUAAUAAAGAGAGACAAGAGAUUAUAUCUCAACUCAUUCGUAGGAACCCGGCUUUUCGUCCCCCGGCUGAUUAUAGACCUCCCAAGCUUCAGAAGAAACUGUACAUUCCCAUGAAAGAGUACCCAGGCUACAAUUUCAUUGGGUUGAUAAUUGGGCCUAGAGGGAACACACAGAAGAGAAUGGAGAAGGAGACUGGGGCUAAGAUUGUAAUUCGAGGAAAAGGAUCGAUUAAAGAAGGAAGAUUGGGGCAGAAGAGGGACUUGAAGCCUGACCCUGCAGAGAAUGAAGACUUACACGUGUUGGUCGAGGCCGAGACUCAGGAGGCAUUGGAUGCUGCUGCAGGGAUGGUGGAGAAGUUGCUUCAGCCUGUGGAUGAGGGUUUGAACGAGCAUAAGAGACAGCAGUUAAGAGAGCUUGCAGCAUUGAAUGGGACUAUAAGGGAUGAUGAGUUUUGCAGGUUGUGUGGUGAGCCUGGGCAUAGGCAGUAUGCUUGUCCUGCGAGGACUUCUACAUUUAAGAGUGACGUUUUGUGUAAGAUUUGUGGGGAUGGAGGGCAUCCCACAAUUGACUGUCCUAUGAAAGGGACCGGAAAGAAGAUGGACGAUGAGUAUCAGAACUUCUUGGCCGAGCUCGGAGGAGCUGCACCUGACUCUCAAACGAAACAGAGCUCAGCAUUGCCUAUAAUGGGUUCUGGUACUUCGGGCACCAAUCUUCCUUGGGCUGGAGGAAAUAGUACACAGCCUGGGGCUUCUAAUGGUAUCAGGAAAGAGUAUGAUGAGACAAACCUCUACAUUGGGUAUCUUCCCCCUACUCUUGAUGAUGAUGGUCUCAUAAGGCUCUUCUCGUCUUUCGGUGAGAUUGUGAUGGCUAAGGUUAUCAAGGAUAAGAUCACCGGGCUGAGCAAAGGGUAUGGGUUUGUGAAGUAUUCUGAUGUUGCACAGGCAAACAAUGCUAUUGCUAGUAUGAAUGGGUAUCAUCUUGAAGGGAGAACUAUAGCAGUGAGAGUGGCCCCUCAGCCUCCUCCCCCGGGAAGUUAUAUGCCCACUUCGGUUCCUUGGGGCCCACGGGUUCCUCCUCAAUAUGCUCCAUAUGCUCAGCCACCGCCACCUGGUUCAAGCAUGUAUGCUUCUGUCCCUCCUUAUGGAGUUCAGUACCCACCUCCUCCUCCACCACCAACUAGUCAAACUGCGGCUUCAAGUGAAGCAAUGCCUAACUAUCCUCCAGGAGUGCAGCCACAGUCUAGUACUGGACUUGUUCAGCCAAUGCCAAACUAUGCAUAUGGCAGUGUACCGCCUCCUUAUCCUCCUCCUCCAAUGGGUUAUGCACCUUAUUAUGGUGUUACUCCUGUACCUCCACUGCCAAGCACUGAUGCCUCUCAGGGGUUUGCGAUUCCACCUUGGGCCCAGAACCCGCAGCCUCCGAGCAGUGACCAAUCUCAGGGGAUUGCCAAUGCACCGUGGUCAUCAAACCCACCUCAGGCACCACCGAUUCAGCAUGUAUCAUCUACGGAACAGCAGACAACUAAUGGUGGUGAUACUGAUUAUGAAAAGUUUAUGUCUGAGAUGAAGUGAUGCUGAUUUAUGGGCAUGAAUUUUCGGGCUUGAAGGGCUUAAGGUUUCAUGGAGCUAUUGUGAUCCUGAUUAUUUCCUGUUGCUUUGACUACUACUAGUUGGAAGUUUGGGACUCACAUCUUAACUCUUGCUGUAGUGUUAUGUCAAUUGCAGAGUAAUGCUUGGACAAGCUGGCCCAAAUCACAUGGUAUUUGAGACUAUUUGGUUUCUCUGUUGCCUAUGCCGUGUACUAUGGGUCUCGUUUUGCCUUCCAUGGCGGUGUUUCCAGCCACUGACAUGCUUGGAUUGUUUGUUAUCCUAUAUUUGCUUUCUACUGGAUAUUAUGGACUUGCUUACUAAUGUUUGUGUUGUUACUUCUGUUGAAGACUUAUUACAUUUUCUUCUGUAGCUAAUUUGAUUUGCUUUAUCAUGGUACUAUUUGAUUUUCUAAUCUGUAACCUUUAAAUUCAUAUGAGAUGGAGUUGACCUAUGGAGGCAGUGCCAGAGGGUUCAGAUUC